AUGGCCAUCUUAGCCCUGGCUAAAAAACACGGUCUAGAAUUAAGCAUUGUCUACGCCGAGAGAGAGAACAGCCCGGAAGGCUAUCAGGAACUCCUACAGGUGAACCCGUUGGGCCAGGUGCCAACGUUCGUGGGAGCUGAUGGGUACGUGCUGACCGAGUGCAUCCCCAUCACGCUUUACGUGGCUUCUCAGAGUGACACGACCACUUUGCUGGGUUCCACUCGUCGCGACUACUACGAUAUCCUGCGCUGGAUGUCAUUCGCUAACGGAGACCUUCUGCCCGCGAUCGGGGGUUGUCUGUUACCACUCAUCGGACGUCGCCAGAUUAUCCGCCAGGACCAUGAUGACAGUGUGCGUGCUCUGAAAGCCCGAUGUGGUCGACUGGAGGAGCAUCUGCGAGGAGGGAAGGCAUUCCUCGUUGGCCACCAGAUGACGGUGGCGGAUGUGUUCGUCACCGGGUUGCUCAGCGGUGCGUUUCUCGCAUGGCAUCAAGUGAUGGAAAGUCAGUACCCGGAGACCAGUAGGUGGUUCUAUUCAAUUUACAAUUCCCCAAUGAUUCGGGAAGUGGCCGGUGAAUUACCCCAGCACAAUCUUCCCUUUCCUGUCAUCAAGGAGGCUGUAUGCUAG